AUGAAACUAUUCACCGCCAUCCUCGUUGCUGCUACCAUCGCGACUCAAAAUGCUGUCAUUGCGCAGACAACCACGACUCCUCCUACCGAGAUGACUAUGACCCCCACUGCCGAGGACGGAACGAUGAUGACGAAUAAUUUGAUGCAAAUGGGCUCCACCAACGGUGACAUGAGCACAGACAUGAGCGGAGACAGCGACACGCUUGCCGGAUCAACUGACAGCGCUACAAGCGAGACAGCAGUCGGAUCUGAAAAUGGAUCUGGAAAUGGAUCUGGAAAAAGCAUGAAUGCCGGUGGCAACACAGCCACCACUACCAGCGGAGCCGUCAGCAUCCAAUCGAUCACGCUCACCAUGUCGGCUCUUGUGGCUGGUUUGGCUGCUACUUUCGUUUUCUAG